AUGCCACAGUUCGGACAAUUGCUCAAACCAAACACACACACACAUACAUACAUACACACAAGGAGGAAAGUACAACAAGCAGUGCGUGUCAACGAAGAUGGCCACAGUGGCAAAGGCAGACGUCGACGGACGUUGAUGGCCUGCGACGAAGUCGCGCGGACGCUGCGAAUGUGUCGCCUCAAGACGACCGGAAAUGCUGAAGCCACCUCGAGUCUGGCUUUUCGUCUGCGUCGUUUGAGUCGUCUGCGUCGUCUGCGUCGUCUGCGUCGUCUGCGUCGUCUGCGUCGUCUGCGUCGUCUGCGUCGUCUGCGUCGUCCGCCCACGAAUUAG